AGAUGUUAAUGGGGACUACGAGGGUCAAACUGAAAGUUCUUAGAAAAUCAAAAACUGAUUACAUUAGCCAGUUAUUAGUUUUAUUAUAUCUUUUCAAAAUAUUGUCCAUUCACGUCAAUACACCGCUGCAUGCGAUGGAACCACUGGGAAAAGCACUUUGCCCACUCGUCCUUAGGGGUCUCUUCAAUGGCAUCGCGAUACGCAGCCACCGCUUCUUCAGCAUUCAUAAACCGCUUUCCUUUAAGUUUUUCUUUAAUUUUUGGAAAUAA